CAUUUCAUUUCAACAUCCCUUCCCUUCCUCAUCGCGUAAAUACUGAAAAGUAACUGUGAAGUGUGAAAUAGUAUCUAGUUAUUAUUUUGUAACAAAGUAACGAGUAUUUUAUUCUAUUUCUUGUAAUUCUGCAAAUAAUAUUAUAAACAUUGAAAUGGAAAAAAUAGAAGCAAAAACUUCUGAGACUGAGCAGCCGAGUUACAUCCAUAGUAGGAAAACAAGUUUAAUGUGGCAGUACUUUACAGUCAUUGAUGAAAAUGUAGCUAAAUGCAAGUAUUGUGAAAAAGAUUUAAGAUACCGCUCCUCAACGUCGAAUUUGAAAAAACAUUUACGAAAGGCACAUCCAAGUUUAUUUCAAGAUCUCAUGAAAGGACGGAUUCUUUUCGAUUCCGAAACCAAUGGAGCCACUGAGGUUGCAAUUGAUGAGACUUUCGAAGACCUCGACGAUCCAUUCAAUGAAAAUGAUGAAGAAUAUUCUCCUCAGAAAAAAAUGAUGAAAAUCGAUUUAAGAAGUGAUCAGAAAAAUGCCAGGUCCUCCAAACUAAAUCUGCGUAAGCCUGCUGCUGCUAAGAACUCUAGAUUUAGCCCGGUUAUUGAAUUCGAUCAAACUACUGAAAACGAUGAGGAUGAAAACGAAUUUGAAUUGUUAGGGAAAUAUAUCAGUUCGCAAUUACGGAGAUUGACAAAGGUGAAUGCAUUUCUAGCUCAGGAGGAAAUCCAGUCAGUCUUGACAAGGUACAAAGUGCAUGAACUAUCCACAGAAGAGAAAUCCAAAAUGAUGACAAAUAAAUUAUGAGACCAAAUUUUCAUUUGCUUGAUGUAGGGCUGGCAUGACUUGAUAAUGGUUAUGAUUCUAGUUUCUCAUCAAGCAAUUCACUUAGAAAACUGCUGAUUGUAACACUUACAAUAUUUUAAACAUGAUCCAUAUCCAAUGAUGGUCAGAUAAGAGCCAUUUCUAGGAUAGCUGAGUCAAGUUUGUUAAAUGGCUAACACAUUUCCCAUAGUUCAACAAAGAAGCUGAAUGAGAAAUUGAGCCAAUUAUUGACACCUAAAAAAUAAAAUUUAUUGUUGAAUUUUUAGUAUCUAGAGCUUGAAAGACAUACUCUCAUUAUCACAUUAAUCUACACAACCAUCUCAUUAAACAGUCGGUCGGUUGUCACUUAAAUUACGGUAUUGUAUUUAGAAAUAAGUAUAAUAUAAAUAUAGAUUCAAUGUGAUUGUAUUAUAAACGAAUGAAUAUAUAUUUUAUGCAUAUCUUCGAGUAAUUUUCCAUUCAUUAUUUUGUAUUAAUUGUAAUGCCAAAUACUACUAGUACUGUCAACCAAUAUUCCCUUGUAGGUUUUUUAAGUAGGUAAAUGCUGGUACUAGCAUUCUAAUUACCAGCUAAAUAUUCGUUAAUCAGCAUAUUAAUUAUCAUUCAAAUAUAAUUUUAGUUUCGGCAAUAUUUACAAUAUUUAUUUUUUAUUGACUGGAAGAGUGUUGAUGCUUUUGCACAGAUUUAAAAAUGAAUUAUAUUUUUGAAAAUGGUUUGAUGCUUCACAUCAAUAAUUAUACUUAUUUCUCAAGUUCUGAAACUAUUGUAUUGUUGACUUUGUGUCUCCACUAAUUUAUGAUCUCAAUAAAAAUUUUGUAAAGAUAAGGA